GUUGCAGUGAUAGGAGGCUAUUCCACAGCAAUAACAGCUGAGAUCUCCCAAAUCCUAAGUCUCUACAAUGUCCCACAGAUCAGCUAUGCUCCUUUUGAUCAGAGUUUUGAAAGCAGAGUCCAGCUCCAGUCUCCUUACCAGUUUCCUGUGCACACCACAGCUCUGUGUCAGGGAAUUAUUCAACUGCUGCUAUACUUCACUUGGGUAUGGGUUGGCCUUGUAGAUCCAGGUGAUAUGANGGGAGAACUCUUCAUUAUGGAACUCACAGAAGAGAUGAUCAAGCAUGGACUUUGUGUUGCAUUUGCAGUAAAGAGUCCAAAAUUUCCUUUUCAGGACAAGGUACAUAUGCUAAUUUUUGGAAAAUAUCUCCCAUUGGCACAGGUUAUCCUUGCAUUUGGUGACUCUUAUGCUUUUUGGGGGAUUGUCCCUUAUGUCCAAUUGUGGAAUCAUGGUAAUAUCUGGAUCACAAAUUCUGAUUGGUAUACCAUAUUUCCUCAUUUCCAAAAUCAAGUUUAUACAUACUUUGGUGGAGGAUUAUUAUUUUCAGAUCACAUGGAUGAAAUUCUGGGAUUCAAAGAUUUUCUCAGAAGUCUUCAACCUAGAAAAUACCCUCAUAAUAUCUUUAUCCAGGAUAUGUGGUCGAUCUUAUUUGAGUGUCCAUAUUUGUUUCGGAACAAAGUCAGGGAACUAAGUCAAUGUGAGCCAAAUGGCAGCCUGAGCACACGACCUCUGCAUGUUUGGGAUAUGANUACCUCACCCUUGAGCUAUAAAAUCCAUGCUGCUGUGUAUGCCAUUGCCCAGGCCCUCCAUGAGGAGCUGUCACUCAGAGUGGAAGGAGAUUCAUUUGACAAAGGUGUACUCCAGUCUGUUCUCCCAUGGAAG